AUGGACUAUCGUGCCCGACGAAAUCGAAGAAUACGAGGCCGCUCUUGCAACCCCUCUUGUAUGGAUAUUGGCUCGGAACAGUGCAAUAAACCUUGGAACUUUAUGAGCAGUUGCUAUAGCUUCCUAAUAUUGUCGAGUCUUAUAGGCGUCAUUUAUCUCAUGUUAGAUUACCACUGCAUCACGUGCUCCUCGAAGUGUGAUUUAAACCAUAUCAACAAGAGAAUUGAAGACAUUUCGAAAAGUUUAGCUGUUAUGAAAGACAGUUAUUUCAAUUUGGAACUGAAGAUGUCUCGGGUUUCUCAGGAACUACCGAAACUGGAAGGACAAUUUGAAGUAAUAGAAGCACUAGCUAAUGCGCUGGAUAGUAAAGGCGCAGCCUGGGAUCCAAGAACAAGCCUCCCUCUCCCCAACGUUGGCGUAUGUCUAAAUAAACCCGCGAAUGCCAGCAAAUGCGGAUGCAAGAAGCGGUUUUCCAAGAUUAUGGCAGUCAAUUGA